UCAUGGUUUAUAACCACACAAUCUCUAUUCUAAAUCGCCAUACUGUUAUCUAAUCGAUCUAACCCUCUAUUGCUGUGAAAUAACAAUGGCUGAAAAGUUUUGUUAUUCAUUGUUGCAAAUGACAACAUUACAACUAUUACAAGCAGCAGGGUUCGAUUCUGGCAAUACAAGUUCAGUUCAAACCCUAACCAACAUUUUUGAAAGAUACCUUGAGUUGUUAUCGUCUACUGCGUUAGCUUAUGCACAGCACAAUGGUAAAUCAAGUACUAGCAUAUACGAUUUGUUGGAAGCUUUUGGUGAGCUUGGAAUAGAUAUACCGUCACUUACAGACUGGAUAAAUGAAGAGACAAGGUCUUUAGCUCCGUCUUGGACAGAGCAAGCCGAUCCUAGCAGAACAUUAAAAGACACUAUUCAUAAAGGAUUAGAACACCAAGAAGACAUUAUAUAUGAAUAUGGUGAUCUAUCGGACGUACCAUCUGAAACAGUCAUUACCUCAUCGGACGACGAGAGUAGUAUAGAAGAGUUAUCAAAGGAAGGAGAAGCUGAAAAGGAUACACUGCUAGGAAAAGUGUCUGAUUUACCACACUAUAUACCCAAAUACUUCCCACCAUUUCCAGCUCUUGCAUCGAAUGAGGACGAAGAGAUCCAACACGCUCCUGGACAGCCACUUCAAAAUAAUUUUUUUACUCACCAAAAAGCCUCAAUAGAACAACAACAAACAGCUUUAUAUUCAGCACCUACGAAAGCAAAUGAUACCCUGCCUUUACCCAAUAUCGUCAAGCGAAAAGUCCGUCCUAUUGAAAACCCUUUUAUUCACUUAAAACCUUUUGAAGAUUCCUUAAUAGCAUCUAUAACGACAUUAAUGUCUGCUGACAAUGACAGUGUUUCAGCUUCUGAUAUGAGAAAAGAACAAGUUGAACCCUUAUCGUUGCAAUUACUGACGAAAACAGACGGAAGAGACAACGUAACCAAAAACCUCGAGAAUGAACAUCUGCACGACAGCAAUCUAACUAUACCGCAGUCUAUAAGUAAUUCAGCAGAAUCAAUAAGUGCUGCUCUUAGGAAACGUAGAGGGGCUUUUGAAAAACUACAGCAACUCAUCAAAAGAGUCAAAUACGACGAUGCAACUAGCAAGGACAACAAUUACCGAAGUAAUCAUAACAUUGAGGAGAGCAAAUCGGAAAAGUCUAAGCGCUUUCUCUUAGAAGGCAUAUCGUUUUUGGAAGCUGAAAUACGUAAUGAAGCAGCACCAGGAAACACGCUAUUUAUAAAGAACAACAAAGGAUUACUAGAGACAUUAGUAACUCAUGCAACACCGCCAAUCGCUAUACCCAAAUUACUCGCGCCUAAUUUGUUGUUGGAUAUACAUCAGCCUGUCUCUUCUGGUAUUGGUGCAUCCUCAGCUUCAGGCACUAAACUACGAUUGAAUAUAAGCAAUUUGAGAAAUACUGCAUCUGGUCCAACAGGUGGGCAAGGACCAGGUAGAAAACAUUCUGUAGGUGGUUUCACUAUUGUUGAAUCAGCGAAGAAACAACAGCAAAAUAGAGAAAAUAGUGAAUUCGCACCACCACCAUCUGUUCAUUCGAGAACAAACGCUUCGGCAGAGGAAUUGUCAACGAAUUUGGAAGGAGAAGACGAAAAAGAAGGUAGCGGCUCUAUAAGCGAUAACAUUGAAACAGGCAAUAAAACCGUAAUAGAAGGGAAAAAGGGGAGCAUUAGCAGUAAGAGAAGAAGAAGCAGGAAUAGUAAUAAGGAUAAUGGUGGUUUAUCCGCUCCUGAACGAUCAAAAACAGCUCCUAUAUCUUUAGCAGCCUUAGCAGCUGGAGGUUCAGUGGGAAAUACUGCAUCCGAAUCGGGGAAACAUCAGAAACAAGAUAAAAAUACUAAAAGAAAGCUGACUAUCAGUUUACCGAAAGCUGCGGCUAUUAGCACUUCUGCUAAUGCGAAAACGGAUUCUGCAAUGACCGCAUCGCCCACUUCACCAAUACUAAAUAAAACCAUAUCUCAUCAAGCGCCUGAAGCUAACCAUGUUGCCCCAUCCUCAAACGAUACGACCACCGCCAGCACUAAUAUCAUACCCAAGAUACGAUUUAGAAUCAAAUUACCUACCCCCGAUACAGAACAACCGAAAUCAUGAAUUAUUUGCAUAUUUAUAUUUUUUCAUCGCCUCAGUCCUAUUUAUUGCAUAAUACAUCAUUUCUCUAAAGAAAAUUGCAUCUUAAUUUGUUAUUUCUACACUGCAAGCAUAAUAAAAAUUUUAUGGUUUAC